UGCAAGCUCUUCUUAAACCCUCUUUUCCUCUAUCUUCCUGGCUUUGCAGAAACAGGGGCUAAAAAGAUAAGAAGCCAUGUUGCAGCAUCUGCUUCAUCUCUCAUGCUCCCAUCUCUCGGACCCAAAACCUUAUCUUUAUCAAACUCAAAAUCCAUUUCACUUUCCCCCUCUUCUCUUUACCACGGGCUCCAUUCAAAGCCUCUCUUUUAUUCUCCUGUUCGAAGUUUUGUGCUUUUAACAAAAAAGUCUUUAUCUUCUUCUAAGUUUGUUAGAAACGUUUCCGUUUCAUCUGAAUAUGGUCAUGGAGCGGGUUUAUUGGGUAGUGAUGACGAAGAGGCUACUAGUUUCUCCCCUGACUUGAAACUUUUUGUGGGUAAUCUUCCUUUUAGUGUGGAUAGUGCUCAGCUUGCCGGUUUGUUUGGAAGUGCUGGAAAUGUUCAGAUGGUUGAGGUGAUUUAUGACAAAGUAACUGGGAGAAGUAGGGGUUUUGGUUUUGUAACCAUGUCUACAACUGAGGAAGUUGAAGCUGCUGCUCAGCAGUUCAAUGGCUAUGAAUUAGAUGGGAGGGCAUUGAGGGUCAACUCUGGACCACCGCCUCCUCGUAGGGAAGAAUUUUCUCCGAGAGGGGCAAGAGGAGCUGCUACGAUGGACACUUUGAAUCGUGUAUAUGUUGGUAACCUUUCAUGGGGUGUUGAUGAUUUAGCACUGGAGACCUUGUUUAGUGAGCAAGGCAAGGUUUUGGAAGCGAAAGUUGUAUAUGACAGGGAAAGUGGUAGAUCGAGGGGUUUCGGAUUUGUAACUUACAAUUCUUCUGAAGAGGUGGACGGUGCCAUUAAAACAUUUGAUGGAGUUGAAUUGGAUGGCAGACCACUUCGAGUAUCCGUGGCUGAGGCUAAGCCAAGGCGUCAGUUUUGAGUGUCACUGUUAUGUACAGAUACACUGAAAACAUGCAGCUGGAAGCCGGCAGCUGCUUCCUCUUUCACUCUGGGGAAUCUGCAAACAUGCUUCGUGUACCAGCUGCAUUUGGAUAGUAGGGUAAUCUGUUAUUUCUGACGCCGGUGCUUCGAUUAGAAAGAGCCGAUAACGAACUGAUGAUGUAUUCAUUGAAAUAUUUUGGUUAUAUGUUCAAAAGUAUGAUGAAUUGAGUGAAU